AUGCCAAGUGGAAUCGGCGAGAUAAGAGGAGAUCUGAGAGACGCAAAAGAAUGUAUAACAAAAGACGUGCAUAACUACGAGGAGAAGUUAAGAAAGAAGAUGAAACAAAGGAAGAAAGUCAGCGAAGAAAGAAGAUCCGAACAGCUUAUAGUAUUUACGAUACAGUCUAGAAAAGAACUGAGCGGAACACAGGAGGAUGAGGAGGAAACCAAUAAAGCAAAAAUUUGUAUCGAGGAAUAUAAUAACGCAAUUCCAGAGGAAGGAGGCCAGGUCAAUCAAAAGCAAGGUGGAAUGGCCAAUAAGGGGAAGGUUGCUGAAGGAAAUGAAAUGACAAAGAAUAAAAAGGAAACUCCCACGACAAAGGAGAAGCAAAUUCCACGAGAAGGAGGGAAGAUGAACCGGUCAAGAGGCAAAAAGGCACAUGAACAAAAGGCCGAGGAAAGCAUUGAAAUACAAAAUUCACAUAAUAAAUUGAGAGAAAGUCGCGAAGACGAGGAGAUGGACCGGUUAAAGGAAGAACUUUACCAAGAGAGGCGAAGGAAAGAGGAUCUGGUCAGGGAACGAAUAAGGUUAGAAAGGGAAAAUGAGAAGUUGAUCAUCAGAAAUAAUCAUUUGAAAAGGAAACAUGCAGAUUGUAAUAUGCAGGAGGAGAGAUAUGCUAUGGGAGAAGCACGAACUAAAUAA